GUUGGAGGCGCUAAAUGCACCAAAAGUUGGUUUGCCAAUAAACAACCGUGGAAGAAGGAAAGGAGCACAAGAAGAGGAGCAUAACUGUGUUGGAGCUGUGCGUUAUAAGUUAUAGAUCAGCUGGAAUUGAUCGAUCCCGUCGGCCCUAAAGAUGUACUACUACCGCUACGAGAAUGCUGAGGUCAGCUGCUGCUAUAAGUACCUGAUGUUCAGCUACAACAUUAUCUUCUGGCUGGCAGGCGCUGCCUUCAUUGCUAUUGGGUUCUGGGCCUGGAGUGAGAAGGGGGUCCUGUUGGACCUGACGCAAGUGACCAGGCUGCGUGGUUUUGAUCCAGUUUGGCUGGUUCUGGUGGUUGGUGGAGUCACCUUCACUCUGGGCUUUGCUGGUUGUGUGGGAGCUUUGAGGGAGAACAUCUGUCUACUGAAGUUUUUUUCAGGUGUCAUCGGCUUAAUUUUCUUCCUGGAGCUGAUUGUAGCCGUUCUGGCCGUAGUUUUUCAGAGUCAGGUCCGAGAGUGGAUCAACGAGUUCUUUCUGCAGAACAUUAAAGCCUACCGAGAUGACAUUGACCUGCAGAACCUGAUCGACUCUCUGCAGAAGAUGAACCACUGCUGUGGGGCUCAAGAACCGAAUGACUGGGAUCUGAACGUGUACUUCAGCUGUAAUGGAACCCAUCGGAGCAGAGAGAAGUGUGGUGUCCCGUUCUCCUGCUGCAUCAUAGAUCCUGCCGACACAGUUCUAAACACUCAGUGUGGUUACGAUGUGAGGAACCGACCGAAGAAUGAGUGGGAAAAUUACAUCUUCGUCAGAGGAUGCAUCAAGGAGCUGGAGGACUGGUUGCCAGGAAACCUGUACACUGUGGCCAUCGUCUUCGUCGUCAUCUCACUGCUGCAGAUGGUGGGGAUCUACCUGGCCCGAACGUUAAUCUCCGACAUUGAAAAGGUCAAAUUCAGCUACUGAGGCCUCCACCUGCAGGGGGGCGGAGCCUAAACCAGGUGUUUUGGACCUGGUUUCUGCAGUCGCAUGUGCCUUCAUAUUCUUCUUCAGUGUGGUCUUCCCCUGAUAACCUAGUUGCUAUGGUUACUGAAAAUAUCAGACUGAUUGUUUAGUUGUAUUAAUCUGCUGAAGAGCGCCACCUUGUUUUGUUUUGUCUAUGGUCAUGUGACUGCUCUGCACCUGAAUGCCUUCACUUGCCUUCACAG